AUGGAGACGAGCCAGCAAAAGGAGAAGCUUCUGAAAACCAUCUACACCCUCCAGCUGAAGUCAAUUGCCACACUCCAAACAGCCAGCCCGCUGCUGAGCAGCCAGCUGAGCAGCCAGUGUGGCAUGGGCAUGGUGACGCAGCACCAAGUCCACCAGCUGGCGGACAAGGCCAAAAGCCUCUGUGGAGACCUGGACAACAUUAAGAACCUCCUCCACUAUUGCCAGGAUGACCUGGUCCGGCGGAUCCCCAACCCCACUGGCAGCCGCUAUGGGGGAGUAAGUGGAAUCCAUUGCUCCCUGGAUGGCUCCAUCUAUGUGACAGCCGAGAGCGCUCCCUGGGUCCACGUCCUCAGCAGCAGAGGCCAAACGCUGCAGUCCCUGCCCUGCCGGCAAAUGGGGAAGGAAAGCAGAACUUUCUUGCCAGAAGAUGUGACUGUGACUCAGACGGGAAUGGUAGCUGUAGCCGACAUGAUGAAUGGAGCCAUCUGGGUCUUCAACCCUCACACCAGUCUCUCCAAGGGGGAAUGGAUAAAGAUCAGAAAGGUUGGUUCCCCCAGGGGUAUUGGAGUGGACUCCAUGGGCAAGAUCUUGGUAGCAGACUAUGCACAAGGCCAAGUCCACAGCUUUGCUCUGGACCAUGCCUUCAAGACACUCAAUAUCCACUCAGUCCCCGACCUGCUGGGACCUCGCUACAUCAGUCCAGCGCCCCAUGGAGGCUUUGUGGUAAGUGAGGAGUGUGGAGACGUCAAGGUCUUCAUGAGCAGCCGUAAGCUCCUCUGCUCCCUCAGCAGCAAAUACGGACACCGGUUUGGCAACCCAGCUGGGGUCUGCGUUGACGUGGAUGGCAGCAUCCUGGUGGCAGAUGAGCAGCGCCGUACAGUCCACUUGUUCCCAGAGCGUGGGGCUCCGGUCUGCCUGGUGUCUGCAGGGCUGCGGAGGCCUGCCGGCGUGGCUUGCUCCUCCUUCGGGCACCUCUUUGUGGCAGAUGCAGGGGAGAACUGUGUCAAAGUCUUUAAGUACCGUGUGAGACCCCCUUACAGCCCCACCAACCCUGGGGCACCAUGUGAGUAUGACUGGAGGGAUAAGGCCAGGCCGGAGCUGGCAGCCAUGGUCUAUCUGGCACGCUGGGUUUGCAGCAGACUUCAGGAGAACGCCCACCCCUGUGGGGCCUGCGCCCCCCACCCCUACACCCACUCCGACCCCCUCAAGUUGCCCAGCGUCCUCCCCACCCAUGGGCCUCUGCCAGGCCAGGGGCCCACUGAGGCGGUGGGGCCGGGGGACAACGGGGUCCC